CUUUGCUUUAACCAUUACAACGUUCUAGAUUCUAAAGGGUCAUUUUAUUGUGAAGUAACAAUAAGAUGUGAGUAAUAUAUAAUAAUCUUAAACUUCCAAAGUCUAGUUAUUAUGAAGAAGGCCAGUAAACAUCUACAGUUUGCUGCUUUUAAUUCAAGGUCAAAGACCUCAAAUGCCCUGUAGGAACACAAAUUGAGAGAAUUUUUUAAGCAACAAGUGAAAUGGAAGUCCUGUCCAUACAACUGCAGAGGCACAAUAGAGAGUGGAAGAUGAGUGACAUGUCUUUUAAAGUUUUCAAUGAGUUGCGACUGGAGGGAAAGCUGUGUGAUGUAGUCAUCAUCGCCAACGGUGUUGCAUUCAACGCCCACAAGAACAUCCUAUGUGGCUGCAGUCCCUAUUUCCGCACUCUGUUCACCAGUGGCUGGAACAGCACAGAGAAGCGGGUGUUCAGCAUCCCUGGUGUAUCACCACAGAUGAUGAAACUGAUUAUUGAGUAUGCCUACACAGGCACCCUGCCAAUCACAGCAAGAAAUGUGGAGCCCUUACUGGAGGCUGCUGACCAGUUCUGUGUCCCGGGUAUCACCCAGGCCUGCUGUGACUUUCUGGAGUCCCAGCUUUGCCCUCAAAACUGCAUUGGCAUCUGGAAAUUCACCAAAUUCUACUUUUGCCCUGAGCUCCAGCGACAUGCCUACCGCUUCAUUCUGCACCACUUUGAGGAGAUAGGGUACACCUCAGAAGAGUUCCUGGAGCUUACACCAUCCCAGCUCUGUGACAUCAUUGAGAAGGAUGACCUCAAUGUUGAGCAAGAGGAAGUGGUGUUUGACACAAUUCUACGCUGGAUAGCCCACGCAAAAGCUACCCGAAAAUCCUUUAUGUCAAUGCUGUUGCCCAAGGUCCGGAUGGCUUUGAUGAAUGCCGAUUACUUUAUGAACAACGUUAAGAAAAAUUCCCUGGUAAAGGACAGUGAGGAGUGCAAGCCCAUCAUCAUCAAAGCCCUGAAGGCCAUGUAUGAUCUUGACAUGAACGGUUCCUCCAGCCCCCUACUCUGUAACCCACUGGCACGCCAGCGACUACCCUAUACCAUCCUGCUAUGCAUUGGGGGCUGUAGCACUAACGGCCCUUCCAAUGCUGUUGAGGCCUUUGACGCACGGGCAGACCGCUGGGUUGAUGUGACGCUACGGGAGGGUCCCAGGCUGGCUUACCAUGGAACUGCCACCUUGAAUGGUUUUGUCUACUGUGUGGGUGGCUACAACAACGUUGACUACAUGAGCAGCGUCCACAAAUUCAACCCUGUGACACGUACCUGGCACCAGGUGGCGCCAAUGCACUGGCGCCGCUGCUAUGUGAGCGUGGCCAUCCUGGAUGGCCUCAUCUAUGCCAUGGGCGGCUUUGACGGCUACAUGCGCCACAACUCUGCUGAGCGCUAUGAGCCUGAAAGGAAUCAGUGGACCCUCAUCCCGCCAAUGCACGUGCAGAGGAGUGAUGCGAGUGCCACCUCACUACAUGGCAAGGUGUACAUCUGUGGUGGCUUCACUGGGGUUGACUAUCUGUUCAGCGCCGAGUACUACAGCCCACAGACCAGUACCUGGACUAUGAUCGCCCCCAUGAGAACUCGCCGCAGUGGUCUUGGGGUCGUUGCAUAUGAGGAGCAGAUCUACGUAGUGGGGGGCUUUGACGGAGUCACCCGGUUACGAAGCACCGAGGCCUACAACCCGCUGACAGACAGCUGGCGCUCCGUGUCCCCCAUGUUCAACCCCCGCAGCAACUUUGGCAUCGAGGUGGUGGAAGACCAGCUGUUCGUAAUGGCCGGUUUCAAUGGAUUCACAGUCAUUUUCCAUGUGGAAUGCUAUGAUGAGAGGGAAGACAAGUGGUAUGAUGUCCCGGACAUGAACAUUGCCCGCAGUGCCCUCAGCUGUUGUGUGCUAUCUGGCCUUCCCAACAUCACUCAAUACAUCGCCCCUCGAGAUUCUCAGCAGGGCUCCAUGGAAGAGCCCAUGGCUGAUGCCAAGAGCAUGAUCGCUGCAUGACCACCCCUCCACCCAUCGCAGUGCAGCUCCAUACGCAGAGCCACCCCUCCACCCAUCGCAGUGCAGCUCCAUACGCAGAGCCACCCCUCCACCCAUCACAGUGCAACACCAUACACAGAGCCAACCACAUAGGCACAAAUAAAUUAAACAUACCUGUAUUCAUUGUAGCGCAUGCCUUGUGCAUUGAUUCAGUUUUUGCCGUGAUAUUGGCUUCUUUGUGUAUUGUUCCUGUUCAUCCCUUUAUUUUAAGUGUUAAUAUUGGUGUAAAUGCUUUCUUGUGAGAUAUAAAACAUUUUUUAACUAGAGUUUUUCUCUUUUCUACUGCAGUGCAGCAUCUCAAACCAGUAAUCUGUUGUACAACACGCUGUCUUAAACUAAAUUGUUGAACCAUCCCCUCAUUACAAGUUCACAUUAUUAUAUACUUAAAAAUUCAUCUUCA